AUGAGUGAUAGUCCACGUAAACGACAUAAGUCAACAGCAGCCUCGACUGCUAUCAUAUCGAAAGAUCCAUCUUCAUUUGUUUAUCAAGAUUUAAUUUUUCAUGUUCAAUCAAUUCAAUAUCAAAUGGCUGAAAUCGCUAAAUAUCUUGAUGAUCGAUGGAAAAAUGAAAAGAAGAUACGAAAUGAAUUAAAAUCACGUUCAAUAAUAUUUGUUGAUCCAUAUGGAAAUUCCACAGUUAAUAAAAAUAUGGAUCAUGAAUUGCUUGGCACAUUAUUUAAGAAAUAUAAGAAGGAUUAUGUACCAAAAUAUUUACAAAAGUGGAUUAAAAUUGGAACAAUAAAUCAAAAUCGUAUUUCGCCAGUAAUUAAUCCGAAACUGAAAUCAUCUGUAUCCGAAUAUCCAGAAGAUUAUCGAUUUGUUACAUAUGGUGAAUUGAAAAUCUUGAUAGUAUAUCAUGAAUAUGCAUCACCUUACCAAUUGAUCCUACCAGUCCUCCUAACAGAUACUAUAGAAAAGAUUCAAAUGGAGAUUCAGAAUCUUCGAAGACUGCCAAACAUAGAACUUAAAUUAUUUAUGGUAAAUGAAGACUUUCAAGCAGAGAAACAAUCUUGGAAUGAAGGUAAAAUACUCAAAGCAGAUGAUACUGUCUUGUCAUCUAAGUUAUAUGAAAAUAAUUGUGUCAUUAUGCAAGAUGCUACAGAAUCAAUUGUUGGUUUUCAACUUUUUAUAAAAACUCUUACUGGAAGGACGUUUACAUUUGAAGUCAGUUCUAACAUGAAUAUAGCUUCUCUGAAACAAUUCAUCCAAGACAAAGAGGGUACUCCCCCUGAUCAGCAACGUUUAAUAUUCCAUGGGGAGCAGUUGGAAGACCACCGAACUCUGUCAGAGUACAAAAUACAAAAGGAUUAUACAAUUCACAUGAUAUUACGUCUACGUGGUGGAAUGUAUCAUUAUAUAAGUGGUCGACAAGAUUUUGAAAGUUUACCAUAUUCAGGAGCUGAAGCAAUAAAAACUGUUCUUGAUUUUGAAUUUAAACAUAUGAAUAAUUAUAAACGCUUGUCACCAGCGGAACUACAAAACUCUCUUUUACAAGGACAAGCUGUUCUUUCAAAAUUGCUUUAUGAAAGCUACAAUUAUCGUAUAACUGAUGACCUUCCACAUUUAAAAGACAUUAUACUAUCGAUUCCUGCUGAUGAUGAAGAAGAUAGUAUCUCAAAUGAGCAAUGA